GCUGCGUCUCCUGGUUAAAAGGACGCAAGGGGACUUCCAGCCACAGCCUGGACAUGAGCCCCGCACCACUGCUGACUGUCCUGGUGGUCACCGCCUUGUUGCCUGGUGCACGGGCUCUGCAGUGCCAGAAAGGGUCAAUCGAGACGGUGAGGGACGCCUUGGAGCUGCCCCUCAACUGGACAGCUGGCCAGGAAACCUGUGUGGAGGGCCAGGGGUGCCAAGACACCCUGAUGAUCAUAGAGAAUGGACAUCAAGUGAACGUGGUGAUCAUCAAGGGCUGCACUGCGGCUGAGGACCAAGAGGCCCAAGUCACCAGGCACAGGGCAGGCCCCGGCCUGUCUGUCAUCUCCUACCACCAUGUGUGCCGCCAAGCCGACUUCUGUAAUGCUGUGUCCACCACCAAGGCCCUCGGGGAUCUGUCUACCACCACAGCCCCAGGGACCCUGCGCUGCCCAGUCUGCUUCUCCCGAGGCCAGCCAUGUCCUGAGGACUCUCGAGAACACAUCUGCCCCGCGGGGUACACUCACUGCUAUGAUGGCGUCCUCAAGCUCAGGGGAGGAGGGAUCUUCAGCACUCUGAGGGUACAGGGCUGCCUGCCCAGGCCGGGCUGCAACCUCUUCAAUGGGACCCAGACCAUCGGGGUCAUGGAUGUGAGUGAGAGCUGCGGUCCCCGGUCAGAUGCACAGCCCCUGGAAUGCCAGAAGGGGACUCUGGAGAUCGUGAAGGGCAUAUCUGAGCUGCCCCUCCGGUGGACAACAGGGCACCAGACCUGCGAGGCAGGCGAGGGCUGCCAAGACACCCUGAUGAUUGUGGAGAAUGGGCCUCAGGUGUACUUGGCGCUCUCCAAAGGCUGCACCGCCGCCCAGGACCAAGAGGCCAGCGUCAUGGAGCACAGGCUGGGCCCAGGGCUCUCUGUGGUCUCCUACAGCCUGGUGUGCAGACAUGGGAACUUCUGCAAUGGCCUGGCAAGCACCGUGCCCCUCUGGGCUCCGCCCCCUGACACAGCCCCAGGGACCCUACGCUGCCCAGUCUGCUUCUCCAGAGGCCAGCCAUGUCCUGAGGACUCACGGGAACACAUCUGCCCCGCGGGGUACACUCACUGCUACGAUGGCACCCUCAGCCUCAGGGGAGGAGGGAUCUUCAGCACUCUGAGGGUACAGGGCUGCCUGCCCAGGCCGGGCUGCAACCUCUUCAAUGGGACCCAGACCAUCGGGGUCAUGGAUGUGAGUGAGAGCUGCGGUCCCCGGUCAGAUGCUCUGACGUGUUUCCAGGGAGUCACGCUGCAGUCUGGCAGUGGCUUUAACCAAGACCCUGAAGAUUGGAGUGCAAAUGGGAAGCAGACAUGCAAUGUUGGGGAGGUGUGUCAGGAGACACUGCUACUCAUCGACGUAGGACCCAGUGCAAUCCUGGCGGGGAGCAAAGGCUGCGGGGUCGCCAGGGGACAGGAGUCACAGGGCGUCUCCAUCCAUUCUCGGCCCCCCGGAAUUCUGGUGGCUUCCUACAGCCGGUUCUGCUCCUCAAACUUGUGCAACAACGCCAACAGCAGCAGUGUCCUGCUUUCGUCCCUUCAGCGAGCUCCCCCUGUGCCAGGAGACGUGCAGUGUCCUGCCUGUGUGCAGAUCUUUGGCUCAUGCUCUUCCAGAUCCACACUUGUCACCUGUCCUAAGAGCGUCACCCACUGCUACAGAGGAAACUUCCAAAUGUUUGGAGGCGGACUCUCCUCCCCGCUGACCAUUCAGGGCUGCAUGGCCCCAAACUCCGCAUCCUUGCUGAACCGCAUCCAGAACAUCGGGAUCUUCUCGGUGACAGAAAGCUUUGAGAAUAAGGAGGCCAAAAAGGCCAAGAAUUUCCAACUUAACAGCGCUGCCCUUUGCGCCUGCCUGGCUCCAGUCUGGAGACUGGGGCUGGCUUUGGGUGUGAUGAGCUUUUCCCUUCCUGCUAAUCUUAUUUCCCUGUGAUCUGGGUGACAGGAGCCCGCAUUGCUCUCCUAAUCCCACAGCCCACUGAUCUCCCCGCCACCCAAGGGCCAGUUCUCAGAACAAACCUCCCCUCCGCCUUUCUACAAGUGUAGAUUGCUCCUCAUGAGAUUGUCUGCAGCAGCUGCCCAAUUUCACAACUAAUAACUUCCUCAUUUUUUAAAAUACUUAAACCCUGAACCUGCCAGGUGCCAGAAAGCCAGAAGUGACGCUGUGGCUCAA